AGUGUGGCUGCUGAUGAGAAUGAUUGUGCAAAGUGUCGACUGUUGAGUGGAGCUGCUAUUCUUUCGGCUGCAGUUUACGUGUUCAGAGAUCGAAAGCGCUUUCCUGUCAAUAGCCAGAACCGUUUCUUUUCACUUGUUGUGUCCUCAUUGUUGCUGCUGUGUGGAACUGGCACACUUUUGAUGCCAAGAAAGAAGACACCUGAAAGAGAGUUUGACGAUUGGAUUUGGGAAGAAAAUGAAUGAAGGCAUAAUAACGCGAAGAAAGAAGCGUACCCUCACUGGUGAUAGGGAAGAUUCUGCUGCUAAAAGGACGAGGACAGGGAAUAUUGAAUGUUUGAAUGAGGAAAAGGCAGGCACAGGAUCAGAACCAUUAACAAGGCAAAGGAAAAAGGCGAUGGAGGUUGUAACGAGAGAUGACAUCAAGGAAGCAACAACUUCUACAAGAAGACAAAGGAAACUGUUGUACACAACAAUGGCUGAAUUUCCUGUUGAUGACAGUGAUGUAAUGGCAUGUGCAAGUGGAGAGGUAGAAAGAAACGAGCAAUCAGCAAGACAAAGAAGGACAAGAGUAACAGCAACGGAAACUGCAAGUGAAGACAAUGAGGAUCAACAAGCAGUUGAUGAGAGAUCAACAGGGAGAGACAAGGUCAGCAGAAUGGCAGAAGAGUCGGUUGCCAUGGAAACUGAAGAUUUGACAACUUUAGAACACCCAAAACGACAAAGAAGAAAGACCAUGAAAGGUCUUGAACUGGAGAGUAUGCUGAGACGCAGUUCAACACAGAACUCUGUUUCUAUGAAUACUGAUAAUUAUUCACCCUCUAUUGAAAGUAUAGACAAAGUGGAAGAAGCACCAACAAAGAGAAGGAUAUUGCAAUCACAGUGGUCUCAUACAUCAAGUGACAGUAUUGCUAUAGAGGAAGAAAGGGAUGAUUCUGUUAAUACAGAUUUGUGGCGAGUGUUCCAGUGUGUUAUGGAAUGCCAAACUCGAGAUGGCAGAUUAGUCAGUGAGCCUUUUCUCAAGCUUCCAAGUAGAAAGGAGUAUCCAGAUUAUUAUGAGGUUAUCACUACUCCUCUUAGUCUCAACAAGAUCAAAGAGAGAAUCAAGAGUGGAUAUUAUGAGACGGCUACCAAUCUCUGUGAUGAUCUUGGUCUUGUUUUCACGAAUGCUCACACGUACAACGAGCCAAACUCUCAAAUCUAUAGGGACGCCACAAAGUUGAUGCAAGUUGUGAAGAAGAAAAAUCUUGAAUUAUGUGGAGAUGAAGAGAAACUGCCAGCCAGUGUUUCAAUGUCUGAAGAACAACCAAGUGAUGCUACCUGUUAUUUUCUUGGUGUUGGCCAGUCUCAAGAUACUGACACCUCUGAAGUAGAAGAAGAAAGUGCAGAACAGUCGCUGACGAAGUGUCUUACGUCUCUCUACAAGACUGUUUUAGAACACAGAGACUCUAAUGAUCGACAGCUAUGUGAGCUGUUUUUGUCGCUUCCAUCUUCUGAGGAGUACCCAGAUUACUUUGAAAUGAUUAAACAACCUAUUGACAUGUCUAUGAUCAAAGACAAGAUAGAAAGAGAACAGUAUGCCACUGAGGCUCAUUGUGUGGCUGACUUUGAGUUGAUGUUUUCCAAUGCUCGAGUGUACAAUGAAGAAGGCAGUCUGGUGUAUGAGGAUGCCAUCAUUCUUACUAGACUGGUCAAACAAUGGCUGAAAAGCAGACAAAGAUCAGAUCAGACAGACAGUAGCACAAACCAAGAUGAACUACUUCAUGAAGGAACUAUUCGCCGAUUUUGUCUUGGAGAUGUUCACUACAUGCUGGCCAGCGAAGUGAGUAUGUAUCUUGGUAUGAUGGGAGGAGAACUUCAAAAACAUUAUCCCAACAUUUCAAAGAAACUUGCUUCUUAUGAAGAAAAGAGGCACUUGGCAGCACAAGGUUUUAGUUUACGUCCGGGUCAAGUCAGUCUCUUACUGGCUGAUGACGUAGAACAGAUAAUAAUGCAAGAAGAGGCGAGAAAGCAGAUAUUAAGUGCCGAUCAUGAUGUUGAGGUCCCUACUGUUUCUGAGAACGUCUCAUGGCACUUGCGUUUCUUACCAGAACAGCUGCUUCUCCAUCUGGCCUUUCCAUCUCAACAAAUUGUUUCUGCAACUUCUGUGGACUCCAUGAACAAAGAGAGAGUUAAACUAUCGAAUGUCACUCUUCAGAAACUAUACUGUCUUGUAGAGACUUUAAAAGCUUGUCACGACAGAAAUGGCAGACAAGUAGCUGCUUUGUUUAUUGAGUUGCCAUCAAGACAUGAAUAUCCUGAUUAUUACCAGGUUAUCAGAAAACCUAUUGAUAUCAAGAGAAUAGAAGGCAGAAUCAGAUGUCAACAGUAUUGUACAAUGGAUGAUCUGUUCAGUGAUAUCUUGCUGAUGUGUGACAAUGCUUGCAGAUACAAUGAACUGGGGUCUGAAGUGUUCAUAGACUCACAGACUUUACUGCAGUUGGCAUUUAGGACGAGAGCUGAGCUGACAGGUGCCAGUCGUCUGGAUAUCUAUCCUAGGGUUGCCGAUGAGCUUCAACGUCUUAUUCGUUCUCUUCUUUUGUCAGUAACUCGUUUUAAAUCAGAUACUGGCAGGAGACUUGCUGAUUCUCUUAUUCCAUGUUGUGGUGAUCCUUCUUCUGUGGUGUGGAGCUUGGAAGAUAUUAUCUGGACAGCAGAACGUGAUGGUUAUCGCUUAUUAGACGAGUUUCAGGGAGAUUUGUUGGCAAUAUUGACAAGCACUCGGAAUAAGUAUAUGAUUGACUCAGAGGCUUAUGAGGAUGCUGUUGUGCUGCAGCGUGUUUAUAUGUCUGAAAGAGAUCGCUUGUGUGGUGGUGUGCUGAAAUGGUCAUCACCAGCACUGAAUUAUCAACUUGUGCAGUUUGAGAAAGAAUUGACGGAUGAGAGACAGAAAAAAUUGGAAGAAAGCAGAAUUAGUGAGGAAGCAACAAAACAACAGAAGACAGAAGAGGAUACACAAGCUGAGGCUGUUGUCAUUCAGUCAUUGACAGACUGCUGUGUUGAUGGUGUUACUUGCCAUGUUGGGGACACUGUCUUAGUCACGUUGGAUGGUCAGGAUAUGGAAUUGCUGUUUUAUAUUCAGAAAAUUUGGAGAGAUGACCAUUUGUCUUUUGAGGGACAUCGUUUCUAUUUUCCUCAUGAAAUAGUUUUGCAAGCAGAGAGGAACUUUCUAGACAGAGAAGUGUUACUGAGUCAUGAAAGUGAGUCUGUGAGUGUCAGAACUGUUCAGAAGAUUUGUGUGAUGACAGACAAGCAAUAUCUCACACAUCAGCCAAAGGACUUUCCUUCUUCUUUGGUCUACUUUUGUGAGUCAACAUACAGUAAGCUAACAUAUACAAUACGAGCAUUCAAGGCAUGGCCAUCUGAGUUGCCACCUUCAGUUGUUUUGGAAGAAAGACCAUCUCCUUUUUUCUGUGAGAGGAGAGCUGUCAGCCAUACAACCGAUCCUUCAAACCCAAGAAAGGCUCGUACAUGUGGAAGAGUAUUGAAUAAUGUUGUACAUAGUGAUGUUGGAGGUGAUGAUGGGCAAGUCUACUAUGAACAGUUUUAUGUAAACAACAUGUCUUACAAGACAGGCGACUGUGUGUAUGUCAACACUGACAAGCAUCAUCCAUUUGUAGCGAGAAUUGACAAAAUAUGGACAGACACUAAUGGCGACCCUUGGUUUCGUGGUCCAUGGUUUGUCCAUCCUUUUGAAACAGACCAUCUUCCCUCUCGAACAUUCUUUAUUCACGAACUUUUGUUGAGCUCUGUACAUGAUACAAAUCCUCUUCACAGUGUCGUAGGAAGAUGUGCUGUGCUUGUACUGAAAGAUUACAUCAACUGUCGUCCUGUGGGUGUGGCUGAGAGAGACGUGUAUGUUUGUGAAGCAAGAUACAACGAAGCUGACAAACAAAUCAGGAAGCUGAAAGGAUUGAAAAAAUUUGGGCACUCAAUUCAAGUUGCUGCUGAUGAGUUUUACUACUUUGAUGAAGAUAUCCUUCCACUAAGGAUUCCUUCUCCAUUUCUGUUUCGAGAUCUUCAGACUUUGUUUGGUCUUCCUGCACAAUCUCAGCCGUCUGCUAUCACUGGUUUUGUUCACUUUGCAAAUGAAAUGUUACCAGUCUUUAGGCAGACUCAGCCAUCUUUAUCAUUUCCAGAGUUACUGCAGCGAACAGCACAGCAGUGGGAUGGUCUCGAUGACGUUGUGAAACACAAUUACAAUGAAAAAAGUUCUUACAUGAUGGAAGCUGUUGAAUUAGAGGAGACUGAUGAGUCAGACAAUGAUGAGUUUGAGUGUCAGUGGGCUGGAUGUCACAAAAGCUUUUAUGAGCCAGCAGACUUUGUAGCUCACAUCCUUUCUACUGCGACAGACAGUCAUGUUAUUUUGGCAAAGACAGGAUCAUCUGAUUAUCCAUGUCUGUGGGAUGGAUGUUUUAGAGUCAAAAGGCCAUUUAAUCAGCUUUCUAAGAUUGUAAGACAUAUCAGAGAUGUUCAUUUAAAGUCUAUGGACUUACCGGAAAGCUUACUUAUGAGUGAGCUAUACUCAUCUUCUGGAAGUCACAUUGUCAGUCAGUCAACAGGUACAGCAUCAACAGCAAGUCAAUCUGCUUUGUCUGACAAUGGACCUGUGGGGAGGUUUGUCACUCCUCCUCAACAACAAAUUCAACACUCCAAUGUUUAUCUUAAGUAUGUAGAACAGCUACGAACUGGCAGACAAAAGUCUUCAAUGAAUGUUUGUAGAAGAGAAGUGGAACCUAUUCUGCCAGAUAAACAAUUGGAACUUCAAUUUCUUGGUGCGGGAAGAGGGUCCCAUAGCUCAGUGAUUGAUGCUGUUUGGGCACUUCGAGAUGCCAUGAUGCUAGAUACUCUCAAACUCUCAAACCAGUUGAAUGCCUAGAGAAGCUUCAACUACUACAGAAUAUGUUGCACCUGGUAGAUAAAGUCUGUUUUGUUGAUAUAGUGAACAAUAUCUAGCAAUGAUUUGAUUGAAUGUUGAGUCAAAUUCAAAACAACCGAGCAUAU